AUGAAGUCCCCAACAACGAUACUUGUUGUGCUAGCCGCGAGUGGCCGGGCGCUGGGCUCCUGGAUGGAUCGGUUGAGAGAUGUUACUGUGACUGAAACAGCUACAAGGACAAUUCAGUCCUGUCCUUGCAAUGGAGAAGUGAGAGUCACACCCGUUGUCCGAGGGCAAGACUUCCCUGAUUUUCCAGAGGCACCGCCGCCGUUUGGGCCGUUUGGGCCCCUUUUCCCUGCUGCAGCUGGAAUGUUUCCGGCCAAGGCAGGUCCGAUAGUGGCAGUCUACAGCACCGCAGGAACAAUAACGACCAAGACCGGCAUCGUCCUAGAACUGGAGCCUACUCGCGGAGGUCAUGGUCCUGGAUUGACAACAACGAUCUGGACAGGCCCUCAACCCACCGAUGAUCUAGCCUGGAUAGACUGGAAGCUCCCGCCCGGAGAAGACGCCGGUACGUUGACACGAACUCAGACAAAGUUUACGACCAUCUACGGCCCUGCUCCAACCAAUGCAGAGAAUGAGCCAUGGGGUGAUUGGCUCGAGCCUCAUCACACUAAGGAGUCUUCCCUUUCCACCGAGACGUCGACUUCAAGAACCUCCAGUUCGUCAUUCGGCGCUGGCCCCAUUGGCAGUUCCACAACAUCGACUGCAACAAGCUAUGGCAAUCCGACUAACCCCCAUUGGUCGUCUAGCACUUCUGUCCGCUCAACCUCUUCCUCAUCCGCCACCGGCGGCGGCGGCAUUAGCCCAAUUGGAAGCUCUACAUCUUCAGGGUCAACCGGUACCUCUAGCUCAACGACAGGCACUUUCGGUAGCAGCACCGGAAACUCUACGACAUCAAGCGCUUCAUUCACCUCAGCCUCCACUAACACACUGACCAGCUCAAGCGGCGCGGGAAUUAGCAGCACUACCACCACUAGCCUCGGUACUGCAACAACGUCCAGCUCCAGUAGCAAUGGUGUUGGUCCCAUUGGGGGAAGCACCACGAUCUCUUCGAGUACCACCAGUAGCUCUUUCACCUCUACCUCCACAACCAGCAUUUCAGCAACUUCCAGCCUGUCUGCGGGCACGUCGUCUUCGGGGAGCGUUUCUAGCAGUAGUACUGAAACUACAACCGGGAGCACAACUGUGUUUAACAGUGGCAGUUCCACAACUAGCUCUUCCUCAGUCACAUCAGGUACCUCUUCUACAUCUGUCACGACCUCGUCGACAAUUACGUCGACAAUUUCCUCAGCAACCACUUCGUCCUCUUCCAGCACUACUCUGCUCUCCUCGUCUGCACCUAUCUCUACGAGCACAAGUGCGCAGGGGCCAGUUGUGACGGAUGAUGUGCGCUCUUUGUCCUACAAUGAUUCCAUUCUUGAAGCUCACAACAUCCACCGUGUCAACCACACUGCAGCCAACUUGACCUGGUCAGACAAUCUAGCGACGAUUGCCGCCGAGAUCGCCGCCAGCUGUGUAUAUGGCCACAACACCACAGCUGGCGGUGGCGGUUACGGUCAGAACAUCGGCGCUGGAUACACCUCUUCGCAGGUACCGGUCAUGAUUGGUAAUGACAUGUACAACACGGAGAUGCCGAACUACCCACUCCCCUACGGUGUGGACAAUGUGGAUACAAGCAACUUCGACUCAUGGGGCCAUUUCUCACAGAUUGUGUGGAAAGACACUCAACAAGUAGGCUGCGCGACGCAGUUUUGCCCCAACGAGGUGUCGGGUGCCGACUUCACACAGUAUUUCACGGUUUGCAACUAUUACCCUCCUGGAAAUAUACAAGGAGCAUACAGCAACGUGGGGGCGCCUCUAGGUCUACCCAUCACAGUGGAGCUGACCGAUUGA